AUGACUGAACUGCCCAGCCCCCCCAACCCUCGUCUACUACUUCAACCAUUACUCGCAUGUUUACCCACGGCCUCUGUCUCUCCUCGCCCACCGCCAGCCCUCCUACCUCUCCUCUCACCAAUUUUACGCCAGCGGGUCCAAAUCCUCACCUCCCUCUCAACAUCCAAUGAGUCAUGGCUGCGACUACUUUGCUGGGAUAAUGCCAAAGCAGAACGCCUGCAAACUCUGAUCGACGGCGCAAAUUUCGAGCCCCACCCCUCCUCCGGCGAAAUAGAGCUCUCAGACGAUCUUCCCGUGUCAUAUAAGCGGAUCGACGACGAAACACUACGUUCGCAGGUACUGGUGACCGAGUUUAAUCUAGUGGUCAUCUAUCUAUGGUGUCCGACGGACGACACGGGCGGGGGUCCAGCCUGGCGCAUUGCGGAGCUACUCCCGCACGACGACCCCGUGGAUGAACCCGAAUGGGCGCCGACAAUGAGCGACGCAAACAUCCAAACAAACACCAAAAUCCAGGAAAGCUCAGUGCAAGCUACAGGCAGUGAGCCGGAGCAAGUAAAAGAAAGCAACGACCAGGAGCAACAGGAUGAUGAUGACUAUUGGGCGCAAUACGACGCAACUCCAAGCCGCACUCCCGGCCCAGGUGCCAGUACACCGAAUAAGUCGGCCGGUCCGGCAGGUCAAUCGGAAGCAUCAUAUUUCUCACAAUAUGGCGACGUACAGCCAGCAAUGGAUAGUCACGAUCCAUCAGAGGAACAAUCUGAAAUCGGCCCGUCCUCGCUCGGCGGUGAUAUGCUCGCCAGUCUCCUGCGGAAACAAAUCAAUGGAUUGGACGAGCAGGAGAAGCCACGGACGAACGGUUAUGCCUCUGGUGACAUGCUAAAUACCGAGGGUGCUAGACGGCUAAGUCACCCGCGGCCGGAGUCUGCAUCCUCGAAUAACUCUGCCGUCGCGAAACUGGAAGAUAAAGCUGAGAGCCAGUCUAAUCAUGAGGUUGGAGUCAAGCAACAUAUUGGGACGAGUAUCAAAAGUCUGUUCCGUCUUGCUAAGGCUUCUGGGAUUUCCCGGAAUGAAUUUGAGUCUAUGGUGCAAGUCGAAUUGGAGUUAUUGAAGGUUACAGAUCAGGAUUGA